CCCCAUUUCCACAUUGCUCUUGUUGCUAGGAAACAGGAAAUGUGCAGCAGAGAAAUACUUCCCUCUGAGAAGCAACUCGGCGGGGUGAAGCUGCUAACCUCACCAUACGUGGCGGUUAAAUAAUCAAAACAACAGAAAGUGAAAGCAAGUAAAAAGCAACAACUUACGCGUUUAUGUUAAAACGCCGCUGCUGGCUUCUAGAAAACACGUGAAGUAACUUACAUCGGCGGCUUCAGACAGCUAGCUUAGCUUGCGUUGCUAGCUCUGCCUUUGAGUUAUAAACGCUGAAGAUUAUCUGCGCAGCAACUAUUUUUCCAGUAUGACAGAUAACCCGCUAACUUUAUUAAAUACUAUCUGGUUUUAACAGUGUUUUUUUAUUUUUAAUAAUUGCCCUAUGAUGAUAUUUUACAUUUUAAACGUAUUAAAUUGUUGCACACUUGGCUUGCCGAGAGCUGUCGUCAUCAUGGUCCUAGAGCCGUCCCCCAUCCUGCAGCCAGUCAACAGCAAUCACCGCGUCUCACAGUAAACGCAGCCGUGUACCCUGACAUUGUGGACCAACUAUUAAUGCCCCGACUGCGAUAUUAAGAUGGCCUCUCCUCAGCCUGGCAGUCCACCUCUUGCAGAGCAAUACACCCCUCCUGCGCAGGAGGAUGAAGAGAGUCAACAUGAUGAAGAAGUGGCGAGGGAUCAGCCUGCGAAAAAGCGCGGCAGAGGCAGGCCUCCAAAAGCCAAGUCCCUCUUCAAAUGCUCUGCUUGCACAGAGGCUUUCAAGAGUCUGUCAGCUCUGCGGAGCCACAAGCUCUCAGCACAUGCGAAGGAACGUCAGCAGCAGCACCCUUGCUCUGAGUGCAGUAAGACAUUCUCAAGCAAGGCUCAACUCUCAAAGCAUGAGCGCACUCACUCGGCCCAGCGCCCCUUCCAGUGUCCUGACUGUCACAAGGCGUACAAGACACCCACAGAACUACGCAAUCAUAGCCGCUCUCACACUGGAGAGAAACCUUUUGUAUGCACAGAGUGUGGUAAAGCCUUCAUGCAGGCUAUAUGCCUGAGGAUCCACAUGACACAGCACAGUGGGGAGCGUCCUUACUCUUGCCGCCAGUGCUCUAAGAGCUACCCCACGCUGUCCAAGCUGAAGGUGCACAUGCGCUCGCACACCGGAGAGAAACCGUACUUCUGUGCCGAGUGCGGGAAGAGUUUCGCCGAUCCCUCGGUGUUCCGAAAACACAGGAGGAACCACCAGGGACAUCGGCCGUACGCCUGCGACGAGUGUGGAAAAACAUACACAGAACUGAAGGACCUGAAAAACCAUGAGCGCUCCCACACAGGAGAGAAACCGUACCUGUGCUCAGACUGUGGCAAGGCUUUCUCACGCUCCUCCUCUCUCGCCUGCCAUCAACGCAUUCACUCCCAGAAUAAACCGUAUCAGUGCGAGCAGUGCGGCAAAGGCUUCACUCAGCUGUCCUCCUACCAGUCUCAUCUCCGCACUCACUCCGGUGAGAAGCCGUUCCUCUGCCCACAGUGUGGCAAGAUGUUUUCCGACCCGUCCAGCUUUCGCCGCCACCAGCGGGCUCACCUGGGUUUCAAGCCUUAUCCCUGCGAUAAGUGCUCCAAGAGGUUCCGGCAGCCGGCUGAUCUGGCCGUGCACGAACGCGUUCACUCUGGAGAGCGACCCUACAAAUGCCAGAGCUGCGACAAGGCCUUCGUUGCAUCCUGGGAUCUGCGGCGUCACAUGCUCGUCCACACCGGUCUGAGGCCCUUUUCAUGCACUGAGUGUGACAAGUCGUUUGCUGAGCGCUCCAGCCUCAACAAGCACCGCCGUGUGCACUCUGGAGAGAGGCCCUUCAAAUGUGAGGAGUGUCUGAAAUCAUUUGUUGUAUCCUCAAGCCUGCGCAAACAUGAAAGAACUCAUCUAGCUGAGCAGUCUGAGCAGCAGCAGCAGCAACAACAACAACAACAACAACAACAACAGCAACAACAACAGGAGACGGAGGCUGGAUCAGCCUCAGGCUUCACUGCCCACACAACCCUCCCUCAGUUCUCCUGUACACACUGUGAUGCUACAUUUGGUACCUGGGAUGAAGUUCAGGCCCACGAAAAUCUUCACUCCAUUGACUCUGCUCCUUCAUCUAUCACCAAAAUUGUGCCCUUGGGAUCGCACGUCUGUGAAACCUGCCAUGCAGAGUUUGCGCAGCUGGCAGAUUUGCAGGAGCACGAGAAGCAGCAUCCCAAGCCGAGGCCACAUGUCUGCAGCAGCUGUGGCAAAGGCUUCCUUAACAAAUCUGGACUGCGUAAACACCAGAAGAUCCACUCCACCAGCAAACCUCACAGCUGCCCCCACUGUGGCAAAGCUUUUCUGUUCGCCGCCUACCUUCGCAAGCACUUACGGACUCAUGCAGCAGCAGCCACACAGCUCAGCGACAUAAACAUUAUUCACACGGACCCUCUCCCCUCUCCUCCUCCCCCCAGCGAGGUCUCUCCCUCCACCGUGGAACCCAGCGCCAUAUCUCUGACCGUUCCAGUGACCGUUCCUGUGACCGCUUUUCAGACUCUUCCAGAGUACUUAGUCAAAGAAGAGGGACUUUAAACUUUUUUAACAUUUUGUUAUUUUAAUUUUUAGCCGGCGUCCUUCAAUCUUUUUAGAUGAUGGGUCAGAUUUUUUCAAAAUAACCUUUAAAAAGUUCUACAUAGAGUCUGUUUCAUGUGAGCUGUUAGCAGUCGGCCAUUGUUUUAUACUGCCGUUACAUAUAUAUGAGAAAUGUUUCAUAUGACUGUUUUAAAAUAUGUACUUUACUAUGAGUAUUGCACUCUAUGAAAUUGUCUUUAUCUGUUGUAAUAUCUUCAUAACAGUUCAGUGUGGCAAACACACACUAUAAACCAAUCACUGUAAAUCAUCAAACUAAUCAAUACCUUUAAGGUAAACAUGUCUUUAUACUACGUCUUUAACUGCAGCUUGUCUUAAUUAUUAUUUUUUGCAUACUUUCAAUCUACAUUUUGUUGAAAUGAACAAUUUGUAGCUGUGUAAUUAUUAGUAUUGUCUGAUUGUUAUAAAAAUGUCAAGUAAGAAACAAGUCAGUGACAUUACAGAAUAAUAAAUCAAAUGAAUUACAGUUUUAUACCAAUAAAAUGUGUAAAAACUGGUAAUGUU